AUGUCUACAGAGAAGAACAUCAAUAAUGCAUGUAGGGUCGUGACUUGGGACGAACCUACAGACGCAAGAAAUCCGAAGCACUGGUCGAUGGCUCGCAAAUGGGCUGCAACAACUAUCGUCUCCGCCUUUGCCUUCAUCUCUCCUGUCGCUUCGUCCAUGGUUGCACCUGCCCUGGAGGAUAUUGGCAGAGAUCUCAAUGUGCAUGACUCUGCUCUCAAGGCCCUUAUUUUGUCCAUCUUCCUCCUCGCCUAUGCUCUCGGUCCACUCGUUGUAGGCCCGCUCUCCGAGCUGUACGGCCGUGUCCCAGUUUUACAACUCUCGAAUCUGUUCUUUCUCGUUUUCAAUAUCGGCUGCGGCUUCGCCCAUACGGGCCCGCAGAUCAUGAUUUGCCGUUUCUUUGCUGGCCUUGGUGGUUCUGCCCCCUUAAGCAUCGGCGGCGGCGUGUUAUCAGAUUGUUGGCACGCAGAGCAGCGUGGUCGAGCUAUCGCUAUAUACUCCCUCGCUCCUCUACUCGGACCUGCCAUAGGCCCAAUAGCAGGGGCAUUCAUUACCGCAAACACGACUUGGCGCUGGAUAUUCUGGGGCUCGUCUCUCCUCUGCUUAUCAAUUCAGCUCCUCGGCCUUUUUUUCCUGCAAGAGACUUACGCGCCUAAACUCUUGGAGCAAAAAGCUCGUCAGCUGCGCAAACAAACUGGUGACGAUACCUGGUCUGUCGAUGGCCCAAAGGUGACAGCUCUGCACUGGGCAAGGAAUAUCCAAGUCUCGCUUGCGAGGCCAUUCAUUAUGCUCGCUACACAGCCUAUUAUCAUGGUGAUCGCAAUCUACAUGGCUUACUGCUAUGGGCUUACGUACCUCGUACUUUCAUCUUUCCCUAAUCUAUUCAUUGACCUAAAUUACUACAACAUGUCGACUGAGAUGGGCGGCCUUAAUUAUUUUGCAUUAGGCCUGGGAUACGUCAUCGGCGCAGAAAUGACUGCCCGGAUCAACGAUUUCACAUACAAUCGAUUAAAGAAGAGGAACAACAAUGUAGGCUCUCCCGAGUUCCGGGCCCCAGUAAUGAUUCCUUGCUCCAUCCUGUUACCGAUUGGGUUUUUGUGGUACGGAUGGACGGCAGAGACGCACCAGCAUUGGAUUCUCCCAGAUAUUGGCGCGUUCCUCAUAGCCGUGGGUACAGUAUCUGGUAUUCAAACUAUGCAGUCGUACAUUGUGGACGCCUACCCGCGUUACGCUGCAAGCGGUAUGGCUGCUGUUAUGGUUUUGCGUAGUCUAGCAGGAUUUGGAUUUCCGUUGUUUGCGCCAGCAAUGUAUAACAUGUUGGGGUAUGGUUGGGGAAACAGCUUGCUUGCAUUUGUCGCUCUCGCGAUCGGGUUGCCAGCGCCCUUCUUGCUCUGGAGAUAUGGUGAUGCGUUGCGGGCUAGAAGCAAAUUUGCAGCAGGGGAUGCAACGGUUGUAUACUCUAAGCAUGGUAUAGAUUUAGGUGUUAAUAGGGGGCAUCGUUGA